AUGGGGAGCUUAAUCUCUUGCGCCCGGCCGGAGGAGAGGGAAGAGCAAGAAGAGCAGCGCUCCUGUCACGGUGCCUUUGAUCUCUACUUCAUCCUGGAUAAGUCUGGAAGUGUCAGAAAUCAUUGGACCGAGAUUUACUCUUUUGUGGAAAGCCUAGCUGAGAAGUUCAUAAGUCCAAUGUUGCGGAUGUCCUUCAUUGUUUUUUCUUCACGAGGCACUACAGUCAUGAAACUGACAGAAAACAGGGAAGCCAUAAGACGAGGGCUCGACAUUCUUCAGUACGAAGUGCCUGGAGGAGACACAUUCAUGCAUGAAGGAUUUAAAAGGGCAAAUGAACAGAUUUACCAUGAAACCUAUGGAGGAGUUCGGACCGCUAGUGUGAUUAUCGCUCUGACGGAUGGAGAAUUGCAAGAUGUUCAGUUUUAUUAUGCAGAACAAGAAGCCAACAGAGCCAGAAGCUUUGGAGCUAUUGUUUAUUGUGUUGGAGUGAAAGAUUUCAAUGAAACUCAGCUGUCAACAAUUGCUGACAGCAUCGAUCAUGUUUUUCCAGUUACGGGAGGCUUUUAUGCCCUGAGAGGAACCAUUGAUUCAAUUCUCAAGAAAUCUUGCAUUGAGAUCCUGGCAGCUGAACCAUCGAGUGUGUGUGCAGGAGAAUCAUUUCAAGUUGUGGUAAGAGGCAACGGCUUCUAUCAUGCAAGGAAUAUCGACCAGGUACUCUGCAGCUUCAAGCUCAACGACAGCCUUACUAUCAAUGAAAAGCCGACCCACGUUCACGAUACUUACUUACUUUGUCCUGCCCCAGUGAUAGAAGAUGCUGGACAGGUGGUUUUUCUACAAGUCAGCAUGAACAACGGGCUAACGUUCAUCUCCAGCUCUGUCAGCAUCACCAGCACACAGUGUCUGACUGGGACCAUCCUUUUCAUUGCUCUCCUGAUUCUCUUUAUGCUGCUGGCUCUGGCUCUUCUGUGGUGGUUCUGGCCACUUUGCUGCACAGUGGUGAUCAAGGAACCGCCGCCGCCACCACCUCCAGAGCCUGAAUCAGAUGAUGAAGACGGAUUGCCGAAGAAGAAGUGGCCAACCGUGGAUGCAUCUUAUUACGGAGGUCGAGGUGUUGGUGGGAUUAAGAGGAUGGAGGUACGGUGGGGAGACAAAGGAUCAACAGAGGAAGGAGCAAAAUUGGAGAAGCCCAAAAAUGCUAUCAUUAAGUUGCCAGAACAGGAGUAUGAGCCAUGGGAACCAAAGCCGAAAAAGCCCCAUGUGAGAAAGCCACCUUCCCAGCGGAAAUGGUACACUCCAAUCAAGGGCAAACUUGAUGCACUGUGGGCUUUGGUUCGGCGAGGCUAUGAUCAAGUCUCUCUUAUGAGACCGCAGCCGGGGGAUAAGGGUAGAUGCAUAAACUUCACUCGGGUGAAAUCGGAUGGGACCUCUGCCCCUUACAGCCCACCACCAAAGCUGCCACGGCGUGAUGAUGUGCCUCUCAACAAUGCUUCAAGGAAUUCUUCUCCUCCUGUGUCUCUGCAGCCCCCUUCUAGACAGCCACCUCCUGGACCACCCCCAGCCCGAGCACCUCCUGGACCUCCUCCUUCACGCCCACCCCCGCAGCCCAUGGCUUAG